AUGAUGCGGCAUGAGCCUGGGUUCAAAACAUUUUUCAGUGCGUAUCUGAAUGAAAUUGCCAACUUUGACCUCCAGAACGCCUUUUUGGAGGAGGAAAAGCAAAGCCAACUGUUCCGCAUGUUUGCACAUGUAAGCUUGACCCGCGACCCUCGUGCGGUAAGGGAUAUGGUGCCUGAGAAGGUAUGGGCAAAUCAGCCGCCCGACCCCGAGAUUGUGAAGUUGGAAGAGGAGCGCACAAUGCUUAAGCAGGGAAGGUAUCGAAUCGAUGGUAGUGAGCAUGAAGACAGAAUCCGAGCGAUCACGGACGAGAUCAGAAAUAAGAGGACACAGAACGAAAGGAGGGUUGUGAAAGAAUAUCGCGAAUACUAUUUCUACAACCGUCCCACCUGGGACAUUGAGGCCCAAGCCCGCGGGGAGGUGGAAGAGGAAUAUGAGCAGCCCGCAAUGGACCUCGUUAUACCGGAACGGGCAAGAUUGGCCAACAUUCUGUGUCUGCAACCUGACGACUGGACGGAAACGGAGCUGUUCCAACGCAGAGUUGAGGCCAUCGACUUGAUGGUGGCUUUAUGCGAUAAGAAGGAAACUGGCAGAACAAGCCGCACGCAACGCCCAGCCACGGUCGAGGCUUUCAUCAAGCAACAGUCACCUGGAAGCGACACAUUAUCCGAGUCGGAACUUGAGCCAGAUCCUUUCCCACUUCUCAUGGAAGCAACACAGUGCCCAGACUGCAUUGGCGACGAGCAGCUGUCGGUUGAGGCGCGAAAAUUUAAGUGGUGCCGUCCGCCGGUACUCAACGACCACUUUGACGGCACGCACUUGGCCCGCCGAGAGACUGCUGCGCAACGUGGUGAGACAAUUUGGUGUGGCCAUCCGAAAUGCAGACAGGAGAAGUUUGUCCAUGUGGAUCAUUUCCGAAGCCAUGUUGAGAAAGUCCACGGGGUAAGCCUCAGGACCUCGGACCAAGUCGCGAAGAGGAGACAACGACAGGCGGUGCGCCGUGAAAAAAAACGUAGAGGACGGAAGCAGAAGAGGAGCACAGAGAAGGCCGCCACAAAGACGUGA